AUAUACUCAUCCACGCCGGCAAGAUCGCAUGCAUGGGCAAAAGCUGCAUCCAAGAAGCUAAGACCAGGAAAACCACGUUCAUCCACUGCACCGACUCAGUGAUCUCCCCCGGCUUCAUCAACCUCCACGAACAUCUCGACUUCUCCACUUUCCGCCCCCUAGCCGACAACGGCGUCAAAGUCAACCACCGACACGACUGGCGCGUGGGAACUAGGCGAAAUGAGCGUCGCGAGACGGAAGUCAACGGCUCUGUCGCCGACGCGGUGAAAUGGGGAGAACUGCGCCACGUCUUCUCUGGCACCACCUCGAUCGUGGGCGGUCCCAUGGCGUCUGGAUUAACGCGGAAUCUGGACCACGUCGCUGGUCUAGAGGCUGGGUUGUACAACCCGGCAGCUACCUGGGCUGUCUUCCCGCUCGACGAUAUGAGCGGCAUCCUGAGAAACGGAGACUGUGAUUACGGCCCUAAUGCUACGACUGGCGAUACGGCAGGGAAAAUCUACCGGUAUUUGGCCCAUGUUGGUGAAGGCGUGGACGCAGAGGCGGCGAAUGAGUUCCAGUGCUUUUCCAGCGAGACGUACGAUGUGACGCCUGCGCCAGCAGGGGGAGGACUGAGCUACGAUAUCAUCGCUCCGAACCUAGCUCUUGUUCACGCCCUCGGGUUGACGGAGGCGGACUUCGAUCUUGUUGCUGAACGCGGUGCCCACGUCGUGUGGUCACCGCGAAGCAACGUUUUCUUAUACGGCAAGACGCUGAACGUCAGCUACCUCCUUGAAGCUGGAGUCAACGUCGCUCUGGGCACUGACUGGCUACCCUCCGGAUCUGCGACUAUGGCAAGAGAAGCUGUGUGUGCGUUAUCAGUAACAAAGGAGAGCUAUAAGAGGACUAUCGAAUCGAAGACGAUGUGGGAAAUGAUGACAAUCAACGCCGCCCACGCCGCCAGCUUCGAGGACCACAUCGGCUCCCUCGCCCCCAGCAAACUCGCCGACAUCGUCAUCUUCAGCACUUCUCCCUCCCUCUCCUACCAUGACCCCUUCGCCCGAGCCAUCUACGCCCCUGAAGAGAACAUCGAGCUCGUGAUGCGCGGCGGGAAGAUCCUAGUAGCUGGAACUGGAUUAGAGGAUCUCGCGACUGGUGCCUGCGAAAGCGUCGCGUUCGGUGAUGUGACGAAGACUAUUUGCGUAGAAGAAGAAUUGGGCGCGAGCUAUGUCGAGUUCGAGAAAAAGCUAGGAGGUGUGUAUCCUGCGAUCUUGCCUUGUGUGCCGCCGGACGAGCCGAGUUGCGAGCCGACUAGGUAGAAGGUGUGACGGGAUGGAUCGAUUCAAAGGUGCCGGCAAUAGUAUGUCAAAACUGACUCGAAAUCGCACGGACUGGCUCCACUUUAUACAUCUUGACAGUUUCAAAAGUAGUCUUUUUCGAAGAGGUCGAUAUACAAUCCGUGACAAUGGCAUGCUGAAAUUGGUCCAAUCUAGGUGCCGCGUCAAUAGUAUGCCCAGAUCAAGCCCAAAUCGCACGGACUGGCUCCCGUCCAUGCUUCUCGCGGCAUUGAAAUCAACCUAAUUCCUGUAGUCAGAUUUAGGGUCCAGGGCAAUGACAUGCUAGAGAUGGCUUAAUUUGUGUGUCACGUCAACAACAUGACCAAAUCGAGUUCAGAUCGCACGGACUGGCCCCCGUUCAUACAUCUCGCAACAUCAAAAUCAACCUAAAUUCUGGCAUCUAAUUCAGCGUGUUGUGCCGCGGACAAUCUCA